CGGCCUGGGUCAGCGAGCGGUGGUCGCCAUCUUCGUACGGAGGUGCGGGUGUAUCCCGGGAUCCUGACAGCUCGGCUUUGUUGCGGCUUGUUUUUUGUUAUUUUAUCCUCACGGAGGUUCCUGUCUUUGCGGAAGUGUCUGGGGGACGUUAAGGAGCUUUUAAGUAUGCCUUAUAAUGAAGUUGAAGCUAAGUUCUUGGGACCUGGAGAAAAACUCACAAGUGAACCAUGCUAUAAAAAGCUGAAGUCAACUGCAGAUACCCGUGUUUUCCCCCAUCAUGGUGGUCCUGAUAUCCACAGAAUCCAAGAGAAAACUGGAAAUAGUUGGGUCCCCAUGACUGUCACUGAUGUCAGAGGAUGUAGUUCACAGGAGGACAGUAAGAGAACUUCAGAAUUCCUAAACCCUACUCAUGAUGAGGUGCCUGGCGAUAGACCAGAUGUUAUUGAAGCUGUUGAUUCAAAAGUGUUACGGGAUGGAAACCCUCCAUUAAUAUGCAGCGAUGAUGACAUAUAUAGCACAAGUAAGGCAUUCAUAGGACCCAUUUACAAACCCCCCCGCGGAAAAAAGAGUAAUAAAAGGAAGAACGAAACAGACACUCUCAAUAGUACCAAUGGUAAAGGAAGACGGGAGGAGAAACAGACAUUUAACUCAAAAAAAUCAGAGCUUGACACAGAAUUAUCCCAGUUUUAUAAAGAAAUUGAAGAGCUUGAAAAUGAAAAAGAUGCUUCACAAGACACCUGCAAGGAGCCGGAGCCUGCUCAAGAACAAGUCAUUCCACAGUAUCAGGGCUAUAAUGAUGUCCUGAGCUCUGAUGCAGGAAGUGGCUAUCAACAGUACUUUGAGAAUGAGCCAGGCAAAUACCCCUGCGUUGAACCACCAAUACCCACGUUCUGUGAUUUUUCAUUUCCUCCCUUCAGACCCGAAUGGCCGUCAGUGCAUCCUUUUAUCAUACCCCAUGUUCCUCCUCCCAGUUUGAACUAUCAUCUAAAUAUUCAAAGAUUCAGUGCUCCACCACAUCCACCACCAAAUAUUUUUCAUGCCCAAGAUGACUCUCGGAUGCAAAAUGGGUGUUGUGUAAAUAGUUACCUGGAUAACAGGAAUUGUUUGACUUUUGAUCACAGCAAUGAAUACAGUAACUAUACUGAGAAUAGCAGUAGUGCACAUCCCUCUAGAAAUGGCCACAGUGUGCAGGAUGGAUAUGUAACCAAUGGUUUCUGUGAAAUCAGAGAAGGAUACUGGAAAGAUCCUUUCUUGGACAAACAUAAUGGAACAGAUGGGUUUGUGAACCAGCAGUUUCAGGAGGAAAAGUUAAAUAAAUUGCAGAAGUUACUUAUUCUUUUGCGAGGUCUGCCUGGUUCUGGGAAAACAACGUUGUCUCGAAUUCUGCUUGGUCAGAGUCGUGAUGGCAUUGUGUUCAGCACUGAUGACUAUUUUCACCAUCAAGAUGGGUACAGGUAUAAUGUUAAUCAACUUGGUGAUGCCCAUGACUGGAACCAGAACAGAGCGAAACAGGCUAUCAAUCAGGGGAGAUCUCCAGUUAUAAUUGACAAUACUAAUACACAAGCUUGGGAAAUGAAACCAUAUGUGGAAAUGGCAAUAGGAAAAGGAUACAGAGUAGAGUUUCAUGAACCUGAAACUUGGUGGAAAUUUGAUCCUGAAGAAUUAGAAAAGAGGAAUAAGCACGGUGUGUCUCGGAAGAAGAUUGCUCAGAUGCUGGAUCGCUAUGAGUACCAUGUGUCCAUCUCCAUUGUCAUGAACUCAGUGGAACCCACAGAGAAAAACUCACAAAGACCCCUUCCUCUACCGGGGCCACAGAGAGAAAGAAUUUUUAAGAGAAGUGGACACAGAUUUGGCAAAACCAAACAGAAGAAAAGCAGAUAUGAAAAGCAUAAUGUUCUUAGUGAAAUCAUGGGUGUGAACUCAUUUACACCAAGAAACCAUGAGCCAUCCCAGAGAGAAGAGGAAGAUUUUGAAAAGAUCAGAAAAGAAUCAGGGUGUCUCAUUACUGGCAGUGUACAAAAUGAAGCAGGAGAUUUUAUGAAUGGCCAUAAAGAAAAACAUUGGCAAAGGCCAGAUCCUGCAGACAACUUGCAGAAUGUUCUGUCUGUAGCUGAGAUGAGUCACACUGUAAAGAACAGCCUCCCUCAGCAAGAGGGUGACUUGUGUCUAACUGCGUCCUCAGUGCCAAAUGGAAGUGCUGCUGCUUAUCCCGUGUGGACUCCACAUGGUUCCUGUGUAGCCAGGGGUGACUCUACAGGUGUGGAAGCACAAAAGCAUACGGGAAGUAGGCAUAGCUUCACCUUAGAUGCCCCUGCCCAGGACAUAGUUGCAGAAACCCCACGCUCAUUCAUGAAGACGGUAGAUACCGUAGAUGAAAGUCACCCAGGUGAGCCAGUUCUGUGCCAGCAAUGGGGAUCCAGAGCCUCAGAGAACGUUUUAAAAGAACAAUCAGGACACACAAUUCAAAAUGAUUGCUGGAAUUUUUUCACAACUAAUUUAUCUGGUCAAGAAUUACAGCUAGGUUCUGAAAGUCACCCAUACUUUGGCAUCUGGCCUGAAGGACCUCAUAAGUUUGUGUGUGAACAGAGACCAAAGAAAGAUAGAUCACAGAGGCUGAGCUGUCCUGAGAGCAGGGAGCAGUCGGUUAAGUUGAUAACCAUUUGUGAAGGAGCAUCAGAACCAGCAAGCAACCCAGAGGUCUUGACAGAGGAGAGCCUACUGGUAGAAAACAAAGACUUAGCACUCACUGCAACUACAGAUACUCCCAAGGACCCAGAAACAACUGUCUCUGGAAGCUGCUUUUCUCAGGUGGAGAUCCCAAAGCGAACCUUAGAGUCAACAAAGAAGCAAAACCUUCACAUGAGGCUUUCCGAUUGGCCAUCUGACUGUGACUUACCGGGACCAACUCUUAUCUAUGCAAAAGAAAGAGAGAACAGUGGCCUGUUCACAGAGAAGCAUGGACCAGAUGCUGUUUUAGGGGAGAAAGGUAGCAUUUCAGAAAUAAGUAGCAAAGAGGAGAAAAAGCAGACACUUACGAUCUUUGAUCAUCAUCUAUUUUACCUUAAUGUUGUCAAAGAUUUCCCUCCAAAUACUAGGCAAUUUUAUUCUCAUUACCUGCUUCUUAAUAGACUAGGGCAUGCUGUGUAUUUUUAUAAAAAUCCUGUUUCUUCUCUUGUACUACAUUACAUAUCUAGCUUUUGGGUGGUGUCUUUCAACAACAGAAAAACAUUUUUGACUUUCAAAUCUCAGAGAAGAGUAAGAAAUAAAGUAAUUGGUGUAGGGCAUAUUUCUUCAGAAAUUUUAAGUAGCCAGCCUAAUCUUUUGUGCUCUUUGAGGGUUACUUCUGACAUCUAGUUUUUAAAUGAAAGUUUAAGCAAAAAGCUGAAGAGAUGAGAACCCAAACCAUCAUGUGAUGUCACACAAUGAGGAUAACACGGUUUAAUGAGCUAUGACUCUAACUCCCUUGGGCUACUGUAAUGGCAAUGGUUUGCUUUUCAACUAGUAAGGCUUCUUGGAUCUGGAA